AUGUCGGAUGUGUCGAACUCCUUCUCAGCUUGCGAGACCCUGCCGGAGGACGAACCUCCGCUGUACAUCGCAGUUCGACGUCCAGUGUCACCUCCAUGCCACUAUGAGGCAGUAAACCGUUGUGGAGGGUGGGGAAUAGCAAAAAGAAGUGAAAGAAAAAAUUAUGCUUUUAUAAACCUUUUGGUGCUUCUAUCAACAGUUAGGAAGGCAGUAGCAAAAAUGAUCGUUGAUAUGUACACGGCAUCAGAAGAGCUUAGACCUUGCGGUGAAGUGUUAAAUACGAUGACUGAAGAGUUAGUCGAAGCGGAAAUGACUGUUACGAUGAAUGACGAGUUGGGUAUGAAAGAUGUGUUUGUUCACGGUGACUUGUGGUCCGCUAAUUUAUUGUGGAAGAAAACAAAGAACGGCUUGGAAUUGACCAGGAUUAUUGAUUAUCAGAUCGCACAUUUUGGAUGUGUAGCCGAGGAUCUCACCCGAUUAUUCAUCAGCACAAUGAGUGGAAAGGAUCGUAGAGAGAGUUGGGAACGAUUACUUGAAGAAUUUUAUGGAUACAUUAAACAGUACUGUGAAGGAGAUCUUCCAUUUACACUUGAACAGCUCAAAGAAUCAUACCGUCGGAUGUUCCCACUGGCUGGUACACUUUUACUUCCCGUAUUCGACUCAGUUGCUAAGAUUGGCAGCCGAAAACUAACAGAUGAAGGAAAAAUCGCAACCAAAGAUUUAUUGUCAGAGAAGACGGUUGCUUUGUUUGAGGAUGUUCUCUUCUUUGCCAACAGAAAUCGGAAAGUCCGGAAAAAUGUGGAAAGAGCGCACAAUCGUGAAGUGAACUUUUACCGAAUGUUUUCACGGUUCAAUAACCCGAUCUCCAAAAUUCCACGUGUUUACUUCACUCAAGACUUUACGGAAGGAAAUGAACUAAAAGGUUUUAUCGGGAUGGAAUACAUAGAGGAUACAGAGCUACGCCACAUAUGCCAUAAUGUUGCUCCAAAUGAACUGUCCGAUGUUCUUCGUGCAAUCGCAUAUGUUGAAGCCAAAAGUUUAGAACUUAGUGAUGAAGAAAAGCAGAAAUUGGCUAACAAUCCGAUACUGACUGUUUAUCCACCAAUGGUGAAUCCAAAUGCCGUGCGGAAGUUGUUCUCCGACAUGUACACUGUAUUAGAGGAACUUAGACCUAGUGGUGAGGUGUUAGUGGAGAUGGCUGAAGAGUUGGUCGCACUAGAGUUGACAUCAACGAUGAAUGAUGAAUUGGGCAUGAAAGAUGUCUUUGUCCAUGGUGAUCUUUGGUCAACUAAUAUGUUGUGGAGAAAAACAGCAAGUGGAAGAACGCAGUUGGGUGGAAUCGUUGAUUACCAGAUGUCACACUUCGGAUGCGCAGCAGUGGAUCUUUGUCGAGCGUUCAUCAGUACAAUGAGUGGCAAGGACCGUCGAGAAAACUGGGAGCGCCUCGUCGAAGAAUUUCACGGAUAUCUCACAGAGUAUUGUAAAGAAGAGCUUCCAUUCACAAUAGAGCAGGUUAAAGAAUCAUAUCGUCGAUUGUUCCCGAUAUCUGGUCUACUCCUUUUAGAGGCAUUUGGGCCGAUUGCCAAGAUUGCUACCCGAAAAUUACCAGAAGAAGAGAAGAAAACAGCAGAAGGUGUAUUGAGAGAAAAAACUAUUGCAUUAUUUGAGGAUAUGUUGUACUUUACUAGAAGGAAUCAUGACGUCCGUAGAAAUAUGAACAAUAAAUAUAAUUAA